UUAUCCUCUCCCAUAGUUUGCCUGCACAGCGUAACUCCUCUGCUCUCCGGCGCGUCGGAAAUGGCGGACUCUAGCAUGAGUACGGCGGAUGAUCGAGAAGUCGACCAGGAAACAAUGGAGGAAAAGGACGAAGAAGAAGAGAAAUCCUCAGGAGACGAGGCUUCUUCUUCAUCGUCAUCCUCGGAGUCGGAGUACGAUUCUGAGUACUCCGAAGACGAGGGAGACUACUACGAUGAGUAUUCGUCGUCCGAUGAGAAGGACAACUCACCAGAGACUAACUUACGGCGAUUUUCAGAGGCCCUUGGUAACCGCACCAACCGGAAGCUGGAGGAGGAGCAGGAGAAAGACUACAGCGAUCCCGAGGAGAUGUUCGACUUCCCUAAGGACCCGGAGAAUUGGAGGGAGGAGGAUCUUAGGGAGCUUUGGGCCGACGUUCCCCUGGGGAUUGGGGAGCCUGGCUGGGAUCCUGUCUUUGCUGAGGAAGACGAGUGGGAGGCCAUUAAUCAGGCGGUUAAGGAGGGGAAGAAUCCACUCAUUGCACCGUUCUACGUCCCAUACCGCAAGCCUUUCCCGGUGAUUCCCGACGACCACCAUGAUAUCUCUAAUCCGAAGUCUGUGAUAGAGGAGCUUGACCGGAUUGAGGAGUUUCUCAAGUGGGUCAGCUUUGUUUUUGACGAUGGAAGCACAUAUGAAGGAACCGUUUGGGAUGAUUGUGCCCAUGGAAAAGGCGUAUAUGUUGAAGAGCGAGGGCUUGUCAGGUAUGAAGGAGAGUGGCUUCGAAAUGAAAUGGAGGGCCAUGGCGUUGUAGAAGUUGAUAUUCCUGAUGUGCAACCUGUGCCGGGAUCAGUUCUGGAAGCCAAAAUGCGUGAAGAAGGUAGGAUCAUAACUAGAGAUUUUAUGACACCAGAAGAUAGAAGAUGGUUAGAAAUGGACAUAGAAGAUACCCUCCACCUGGUUGGUGGUAACAGGGAAAUUCCGUUCUAUGAAAAUGAUGAAUGGGUCAAGGUUUUUGGCAAAAAGCCGGAGAAAGGUCGAUAUCGAUAUGCAGGCCAAUGGAAGCAUAGCCGAAUGCAUGGCUGUGGAGUAUUUGAAGUAAAUGAACGUAUAAUAUAUGGAAGGUUCUACUUUGGUAAGCUUGUAGAGGAUUCAUCUGGCUGUGAUGAAGAUGUGUCCGCGUUGCAUGCAGGCAUUGCAGAAGUAGCUGCAGCAAAGGCACGAAUGUUUGUUAACAAGCCUGAUGGGAUGGUCCGGGAAGAGCGAGGCCCCUAUGGUGAUCCUCAACAUCCCUACUUCUAUGAAGAAGAUGAUGUGUGGAUGGCCCCUGGAUUUAUUAACCAAUUCUAUGAAGUUCCUGAUUACUGGAAAACCUAUGUUGAAGAAGUUGAUCAGGAAAGAGAAAUGUGGCUGAACUCUUUCUAUAAAGCUCCAUUAAGAAUUCCAAUGCCCGCUGAGCUUGAAUAUUGGUGGUCUAAAGAUCCUGACAAUCCUGAAUUCAUUCUUAUCAAUGAUGAGCCUGAGCCGGAUCCUGAAGACCCUUCAAAACUCAUAUAUAAAGAAGAUCCUCUCAUUCUCCACACCCCAACUGGUAGGCUUAUCAAUUAUGUAGAAGAUGAGGAGCAUGGCUUGCGGUUAUUCUGGCAGCCAUAUCUAGAAAAGGGAGAGGAUAUUGACCUUAACAAAGUAGUUUUCUUACCACUUGGAUAUGAUGAGUUUUAUGGGCGAUCUCCAUCUGGUGAAAAGAAGCAAACUGGCUUGGCAAAGCUAAUUACAUCAGCUGAGAAUGCUCUGAAGCCUAUUUUUGAGAGGUUGGAUAAGUGGGUUGAGGAGAAGAAGAGAACCAGCGAUAUGAAACAGAAGCUUAUUGAAAAGGAACUUGGAUAUAUUGAGGCUGAGAUUUGCCUGGAAGAGGAAAUGGAAGAUUUGGAAAUGGUUUUGAAGAUGAAGCAGCAAGAGGAAGAGAGAAAAGCUCCUGAAGCUGAUGACAAAGGGGAAUUUCCUGAGGCUGGGCAGGAUGAAGAUCAGGAUGACGAUGGUGAGGAUGAAGAAGACGAAGGGGCACCAACGAGUUUCGGUUCGGUAAGUGAUCAGCAAAUAGAUGAGCAAAAUAAGUCAGGGAGGUCUUCUUUCUCGUCCUUGACAAUGUCAUUUGGCUCCUUUGGCUGGCCUUCAUCGUUGCCAUGCAAAUUACAAGAAUCGUUUUCUGUGUGGAAAAAAGCAAUAAAGCUGGUGUCUCAGCCAUCUUUGCAUGGAAACUUUUGCAAAUCUUUGAAUCAGAAAGAAACACUGAGUUUUAACUCAGUGAAGAUGCCGAUCAAGCCUCGGUCGAAGCUUAUACUGAGAGCAGUGCAUGAAGGAAGGGGUGAGUGGAGCAGAAGCAAGCGCCAUUGCCAGCUGAGCUCCUUAGCUUGGCUUCUUUCCUCUCAAAACUCUUCCAAAAGUUCAAAGAUGAACUCCAUCACUGGUAAGAAAUCUAGAUUUGGUCAUGAUAUUAACAUACUUUCUCUUCAUAUGCCACUCUCUGAUGCUACCAUUUUUCAUUAACAUAUUGUUCUGUAUGUUCUUUUCAACAAAAGAUUCAUUUCAAUUUUGAUUUCUGUUCUAUUUCUGAGUAACAAUACAUUGUAGUUCUUUGAUUUGAUCAUGGAAAUGAGGGCAUAAAUUUGAUCUAUCUAUCAAUUUUUUGUUCUAA